AUGGCGAACUGGAGCGCUACAAGGCGGUGGGUCGUCCGUGGGUUCAAUCAGCGGCCAGGCGCGGACUUCGGCGAGACCUUCUCGCCGGUCAUCAAGCCGGCGACGAUCCGCACCGUCUUGACGCUCGUAGCGACCUAUGGCUGGCCUGCUCACAAAUUGGAUGUUUCCAAUGCGUUCUUACAUGGCAAUUUACAGGAACAUGUGUACAGUCAGCAACCCACCAGCUUCAUCGACUCGCACCACCCGGACGCCGUCUGCCUGCUGUCGCGGUCACUCUAUGGCCUGCGGCAGGCUCCCCGGGCGUGGUUCGAGCGCUUCGUCGGUCAUGUGACCUCGCUCGGCUUCAUCCAGUCCAAGGCGGAUUCGUCGCUGUUCGUGCUACGGCAGAACGGGGCCACUGCCUACCUUCUGCUGUACGUGGACGACAUGAUUCUCUCCGCGUCUUCGGCAAGCCUCCUCCAGCACGUCAUCGCGCGCCUCCGUGACGCGUUCAAAGUCAAGGACAUGGGUCCGGUGAGGCACUUCCUCGGCAUUAACGUGCGCCGGAACCACGCCGGCUUCUUCCUGUCUCAGGAGCAGUACGCUGAGGAGCUGCUCGAUCGCGCGGGAAUGGCGAACUGCAACACCGCGCCCACUCCGGCUGACACCAAGCCCAAGCCCUCUACCACCGAGGGACAACUCAUCAAUGACGCCACAACCUACAGAAGCAUUGUCGGCUCCUUGCAGUACUUGACGAUCACGCGGCCCGACAUCGCCUACGCGGUGCAGCAGGUGUGCUUGCACAUGCGCGCGCCGCGGGAUGUGCUUCAGACUAUGCAGAAGCGCAUUCUUCGGUACAUCAAGGGCACGGUGAGCUUGCGCGUCCAACUACGCAAGGCUCCACAGGCGGUGAUCACCUCUUACUCGGACGCGGACUGGGCGGGUUGCCCAGACACACGGCGAUCCACUUCUAGGUUUGGCGUGUUCCUGGGCGAGUCUCUCAUCUCGUGGUCAUCCAAACGCUAG